AGAUCUUUCUUUUUUUUGCUUCAAAUUUUAACGUAAUUGCUCGAAUUAACGAAAAAAAAUAAGCAAAAUGACCUGGGACGUAACGUUGGAUUUUGAGUAUGUGGUAACUAAGAAGAUACCACCUCGUAUAUGUUUUGGCACGGGGCUCGAUCGUGAAGUGUUACCAAUAAAAGGACCUUUGUUGAGUCCUUUUAUGAGGCGUAAUGCACCUGAAGUGAAACCGAACUUGGGCCCUGGCUCAUACGACGAUAAACGUGACGCCUUCUACGACCUCACGCACAGGAUUUACAGUAAAUGUUAUUAUGGACCAAAAUCACCCAGGUGGAAGGUAAAACAUGAGUAUCAGCCACCUCCACGAGAACCUGAGCAAAUGAAGGCUCUACCUCUAAAUUGUGCACCUUUUAAUUCCACUUCAAGGAGGAAACCGUUAUUUAAAUCUGGCGAGUUUCCGGCACCAUGUGACUAUUGUCCAGAAUAUAAGAAAAGACAGAUGAAAUUCGCUUAUAGUUUCUCGGGUAAAAAGGUUUUAAGAUGCGCCGUCGAGAUAAAAUGUGUUCCGUAUAAUUUGGAUGCCUGUGGUUUUUGCGGGUGCUCCUGUUCGGCACAGGGAGACUAUUGGCAUUAUGAAAACAGAAUAUUCCUGUGUAGAAAACAUUAUACAAGAUUGUUUAAGAAUUGUUUAGCUAAAUUUCAAGGCGCAAAGUUGGCUGAAUUUAAGUCGGUGAGAGAUUGUUUCUUCGCACAUGCACAUAAUAGUUGCAAAGCUGCUUUGAAAAUUAUGAAAGUUGAAGAAAUCGAAAAGAAACUUCGAAAGGAAGCCUAUCUUGACUUAUAUUUUCCACAACGCAGAUUUUGUAACAAUUAAUUUCAAUAUUAAUAUACAUAUGUAUUUAUUUUACUAUUUUGACCAUGAUACAUUUUUUGUACUAGCAAUUUUAUUUUUAUACAAGCUUGCAACAUUGUAAUCAUCAAUCAUCUGACUGCGACAACAAGUGCCCUCUGUCCUUAUUUAUUAUUUAUUUUGAUAACGAAUCAAUAUUUUCAUAAAUUGCAAUCAUGAAACUAGAUUCGAACAAUAAGAUGAUUAAUGGUGAUAGUGGUGCUGAAACACCCGACGAUGUUGUCGAUCCGCGGCAAAACGCUGAAGAUAUUAUUGAUGAGAUACUCGCAGAAUUCACAGAGUCUAGAUCACCUGAUGCUAUCAGGAAUGGGAUGAAUGGAAACGGUAUACCAGAAAAUCUUUUUAACAUUAUACAGCCGCCACGGACUCGAACACCAGCGAACUCUUUCUCGGAAAACGCUACGAUCGACGACAUCGAUCCGUCGUCGGACCUCGGCACUUCCAUCCGCAAUAAAUGCCUAGAGCUUGAGGAAAUCCUUCAAAGCCUCAAAUCACGGCUUAACCACGUCGUACUUGAUGAAAAUAUUGUGCUUAGUCCAGAAGCAAAUUCGAUGGAAGCCGAACUUGAACACGAUCUAGAUACAGACUGCCAGGAGGAUCUUUCUUUGCAAGAGUUCCUUGAACUUUUACAUUCACAAAAUAAAAUAGCCCCCAGUGGCGUACAAUGAUUAUUGAGACCAUUUUUAAUUGUAAGAUAAAAAGAAUUUAUUGUGUGCAAAUUUGAAAUUAGACCAUAUUAUGAAAUUAUUAAAUGUUUAGACUUAA